CGUACUUACAGUACGAGUACGUACUACGAUUAAGACGAGUACGAGUAGUACUCCCGGAUCGUCCCGCACGGAACGUAGUAUGGCACUCGCACCGUAGUACCGUACGGAAACAGAGAUCCAAUCGCUUACAACAACAUCACGGCAGCAAUGGUACCGAUAUGGCAUGAACGACACAAGUAGAUAGAAUUUCCAACCAUUCUACAAUCAAUUCCACCACUUUCAGUCAAUUCUUCAACCGACAUCUUGUAAUAAAUCGCAAUGUCGAAUCAUUAUGGUGGAGGUUCUCAUCAUCGCGGGGGUGGAAGCAAACAAAAUAACAACAGCGAGGAUCCCGACGAUGCCGAGCAGAAGGCUGCCGAACGAAAUCUGAUACGAAGAUGCGUAGAUUUUCAUGCUCCCGCUGUCAUGGAUAUUAGCAACCGCCUCUAUCACAAGGCAUGUCGUUCUGCUCACGUCCGAAAUCACUACUCCAAUCAUUUGCAACCCCAUUCGGCGUAUUUGCGUCUGAUGGGUAUGCCCAUAUCCUCCGUCUCUGCGUGCAAUCCCUCUAGAGCCUAUUUGACAUUUUUGGCCCACGUGACACGCGCGAAGAAUUCUACGCCAAUAAUGUGCCUUAGCUGGACGCCCGGAGGGAGGCGACUAUUGACGGGGAAUCAAGAAGGAGAGUUUACUCUAUGGGACGGGAUCACAUUUGGCUUCGAACUAAUCAUGUCUGCUCACGACGUAAGCUUUCGGAGCAUGGCAUGGUCGCACAACAGAAACUAUUUGCUCACUAGCGACUCCGGUGGCAACAUCAAAUAUUGGUCGCCCUCUAUCGCGCCCGUUCAAUCGAUUGAUUCACACAACGGACAAGCCAUCCAUGCCUUGAGUUUCUCACCGAGCGACACAAAGUUCGUCUCUUGUGGGGACGAUUCAAAAGUUAGGGUGUGGGAUUGGGCUACUCACUCGGAAGAGCGCGUCCUAGAGGGACACGGAUGGGACGUGAAGACAACUCAGUGGCAUCCCAGAUCGAGCGUGAUUGCUAGUGGUAGCAAGGAUAACUUGGUCAAAUUGUGGGACCCGCGGGCGGGAACUUGUCUCUCGACACUGUACGGCCAUAAAAAUACCGUCACCAAAGUUGCGUGGAACAACAACGGGAAUUGGCUAGUGACGGCAAGCCGUGACCAGUUGAUCAAGCUCUACGACAUUCGUGCGAUGAAAGAACUCGUCAGUCUCAAGGGUCACCACAAGGAAGUAACGAGCCUCGCGUGGCAUCCAUUCCAUGAAAGUGUGCUGGCGUCGGGUGCAAUGGAUGGAACCCUUCUCUUCUGGAAUCUAGGCGCAAAGGGAAGCGAGGAGCCAGCGGCUCGGGUACCAUAUGCGCACGAUAUGGCAAUUUGGGAUUUGCAAUGGCAGUAAGUUGCCCUUUGCUUUUAUGUCUAUGCGUCAUCGUGAAGAUCGAGAGGUUGCUUUGCGUGCACGGUUGGGUACGAUUGGUUUUUUUCUCACUUUCUUUUGUCUGGAUUCGUACUCUUGUUUAUUUUCACGAUAUCUUUUGCUGUAUAGCCCUGCCGGACACAUGCUUGCGAGUGGAUCGAACGACCGGCAAACCAAAUUUUGGGCUCGAAACCGAUUGGGCAGCACCGCCGGAUUGCAAGACACGAUCGAUGAUAAGGAAGAAGAGUUACAGACCGCAGAAAUCGAAUUGGGCAACCACGUCGGUAUUGUCAUUGGGAGAAGGGGAGCAACCAUUAUUAGUAUGCAACGAGCAACAGGAACAAAAAUGUACGUUGAUCAAGUCAGGCGUGUUCUUCUUAUACAGGGUACCGAAAAGCAGAUUGAUACCGUUCAAAAACGGGUGGGAGCCCUUUUGGAUAGAGUUACAAAGGAUGAAGGGCGUGAUCAACACCAUGGAAUGAUGAUGUAAACAGGAUCUGGCAGUCACCAACAAAGACAUGAAUCACAAAUAGAAUAGAAAACAAUCA